AUUGCUGCUCCAAUUUUUUUUAAUUUUCAGUCAAAUUAAUUGCUGUGUCAUUAAUUUUUUCUAAUCUAUCUCUCUUGUUUGCUUUUACUCUUGCUUCAACAAUGGCUAACACUUCAAGAAUCGAGUUUUGCCGAUGUGGGCGUAUUUGCGAAUUGAAAAUUUCAUGGAGUCCAAAUAAUCCCGGAAGGAGAUUUUUUUCGUGCCCAAUUGAUGAGGCUAGAGGUGGAUGUAAUUACUUCAAUUGGUACGAACCAAGACAUCCCGAGCAAGCAAAUAAAGUCAUUUAUGGGUUGUUGAAGAGGGUUAAAGCUUUUGAGGAAGAAAAAGCUCGUGCAAGACGAACUAGGAAGAAGUUGGUGUUUGGUGUCGUGUUGUUGUUUGCAAUUUGGUUCCUGUUUUGGAAUUGUAGUCGAUGA